AUGUCGGCCUCGCUACCUGGCACGCGGGAGCUCCCCGCCUCGCAGUAUGACCUCGAGACGUAUAUGGGACGGGUGCGCCAUGCAAUUGGCAUCACAGACCCCUCGACAUUGUUCGCGGGCACAACGGGCCUCGAGGCGGCCAAGAAGAUGGUUUCUGAAUACAAGAUGGGCAAGAUUGAGCACAUGUCGCCAGCGCUCUGGCAUGCGAAGAAGGUGGUAGAUUCUACGUUGCAUCCUGAUACCGGCGAACCUGUCCUGCUCCCCUUCCGAAUGUCCUGCUACGUCUUGACCAACCUGGUCGUCACGGCGGGUAUGCUCCAGCCUGGUAUGGGCACGAUGGGUAUCGUCGGGUGGCAGGUCUUCAACCAGUCCCUCAACGUCGCCUUCAACACGGCCAAUGCCAACAAGUCGUCCCCCAUGUCCACUGAGGUCAUGGUCAAGUCCUACCUCUCGGCCGUCGGUGCCUCAUGCUCCGUCGCUCUGGGCCUGAACGCCGUCGUCCCGCGCCUAAACGUCUCCGCCUCGACUCGCAACAUCCUCGGCCGCUUGAUCCCCUUCGCCGCUGUCGCUUCAGCCGCCGGCCUCAACACCUACCUCAUGCGCCGCGACGAGAUUGUCAAGGGUAUCGACGUCCGACCUGUGCUCUCCGAAGAGGACAAGGCCAAGCUCAAGGCUGAGGGCAAGUCGGAGCGGGACGUCCCCUCGCUGGGCAAGUCCCAUACUGCAGCCAAGAUUGCCGUGUACGAGACUGCUGCCAGCCGAGUCUUCACUGGUAGCCCCAUCAUGGUCAUUCCCCCCAUGGUGCUCUACCACAUCGAGAACAAGCAGGCUUGGUACAAGAACCUCAUGGAGAAGGAGUGGGUUCGCGCUCGACCCCAGCUGGCCAAGGGCAUUCCCCUCGGUCUUAACCUGGGUCUCAUUGCUCUCACUUCGUUUGCCGUCCUACCUUUUGCGCUUGCCGUCUUCCCCCAGCAACAGGAGAUUAGUGCCGAGAUGCUCGAGCCCGAGUUCCACGGCAAGGGAGGUUUGAAUGGCAAGGUCAUCUUCAACCGUGGUCUAUAAGAGUCCACAUCGUUUGCUUUUAGCAUAUUCCAGGCUUGAUACAUCAUCGGAUGAGCCUUGUCUCAGGACUACUUUGAAACAGAGGGAGUCCUGGAUCGAGGGGAUUGAUUUGCCCAUAGCUUUCGAGAGGGGUUUGGUUCAAGACUGGCUUUGAGAAUACCCUAGACUUGAGCUCGAGGGAAUAGGGGUAGAUGCACUCCUUACCUGUCUUCGAGGAUUGGAGAACGGAUUACACCCAUACAGACGGCGUUUAUGGAAAAUGCGAGGGAUCUUUAUGGUUGUCGUUGUAGACCAGGGCUGGAAAGAUAUGCUGGACCGGAAGACAAAAGACUACAUAGAACUUCGAGUUGCUAAAAUCAGUCAAUAGAGCUAGAGUUGCUUGAC